AUGAACUCAUUAGUGGAAUAUAAAAGAAUAAAACAAGCCGUUUUUAAUAAAAAUAACUUAAAUCUUAAAAGAGAAAUUUUAAAAAGUGAAGAAAAAGAAUACAAAAAUAAAGGACAUAUAAAAAAUAAAUCUAAUAAAACUAGUGAAAACAAAACAUGUGAAAUCAGUAAUGAAGAGAAUAAAAUUCAAAUAAAAAAAAAUUAUACUUCAAUAAACGAAGAUCUAGAUAUUUUUCACAUUUUUCAAAAUGAUAUUAAAAAUGAUAAAAGAUCGAUAAAAUAUGAAUAUUGUUAUAUAUGUGAAUGUGCAAAACCAUGUCACUGCAAGGAAGAAAAUUAUCAAUAUGAAGAGGAUAUAUCAAAUUGUUAUAAAGAAAAAACUAUGUCAAAUAUUCAUUCAAACUUUAAAGUUAUAUCAAAUUUAAUGGAAAAAAUUCAAGAAAAUAAGAAAAAAAAAGAUACUAAAAAUAAUAAGAUCCUAAAAAAUACAACAAAAAAGGACGAAUGCAUUCAAAAAAAAAAUAAUAAAAAAGAAAUAAAAGGAAAUUUGGGAAAUUAUGAAAAAUUUUAUCUUGAGAAAAUUAAAAUUACCAAACUUAAAUUAGAUAAUUUGAGAAAUGGAGAAAAUGGAGAUGAGGAAUUAGUUAAAGGAAAGGAUAUUGAAAAGAAAAUGAUUUUUAAUAAUCAGAAUAACAUUGAAGAAAGAUUAGCUGCACUAAAGGAUAUAGAAAAGAAGCAUUUACAAUUGUUAUUAGACUUAUUCGAAGAAUAUGUAGAUAUAGAAGAAAAGAUAUUUUAA